GUGAAAUGAGACAGCUGUCAGUUUCACACAGACUGAUGUGGUUGACCUGUGCAUUUGGGAAGUUGCAUAUCUACAAGGUUUUUCCCUGGCUACUGUAUCUAUGUGCUAUGUUUUAUAGAUGUUAUGUAAUAUGUCUGAGUCUGAGUUGUUUUUAGCAUCAUAUAAAACCGUGCAGGUUUCCCUGGUCCUCUCCUCGUCACCAUGGAGUUUCUUCUCUUGGCUUUGUUUGUCUCUGGUGCCUGUGGAUGUGGGCUGCCAACGUUCCCUCCAGCACUGAACAGAGUGGUUGGGGGAGUCGAUGCCAAGCCUCACAGUUGGCCCUGGCAGGUAUCUCUGCAGUUUAAGGGCGAAACCAGUGGCAGGUUCUACCACACCUGUGGUGGGACUCUAAUCUCCAACCAGUGGAUCAUUACGGCUGCUCACUGCAUUGGCAGCCGCACCUACAGGGUCUAUCUGGGAAAACACAACCAGAAGGACUACAGUGAAGCUGGCUCCAUCUCCUUCAGUCCUGCCAAGAUAGUUGUCCAUGAGGACUGGGACAGACAGAAACUGUGUAAUGACAUUGCCCUCAUCAAGCUGCCAAAUCCUAUCACCUUCUCUCACACUGUCAAACCUGCCUGCCUCCCUGACCUGGGUAAAAUCCUGCCCCACAACUACCCCUGCUACGUAACGGGCUGGGGGAGGAUUGAAACUAUUGGACCUUCUGCGAACAUGCUGCAGCAGGCCCUGCUCCCUGUGGUUGACUACCCCACCUGCAUCAGCCCCGAUUGGUGGGGCAACAACCUGGUCACCAACAAUAUGGUCUGUGCAGGCGGAGAUGGAGAGAAGGGCGGCUGCAGCGGAGACUCUGGUGGCCCUCUGAGCUGCCAAAGUAGCAGUGGCUCAUGGGAAGUCCAUGGUGUGGUUAGCUUUGGCUCAAGCUUGGGCUGUAAUUAUCGCAGGAAGCCCACUAUCUUCACCCGUGUCAGUGCCUACAUCUCCUGGAUCAACACUGUUGUGACCAGAAACUAAAUAAGUUGGACCAGUUUGUGUAACUGUGGACAGUUGCACUUGACAUUUCAAUAAAGGUUUUACACUGA